CAUUUGAAGAAGUUAGCUGUGGAUAAAGUAAAGUAGCAGCCGACCAGAGCAGUAUCAAAGGAGAAAACAGCGCCACACAGUUCCCGAAGGCCAUUCAACUUUUCGCACCAGAUUUUCUCUUUCUCAUGCACAGUCGCCCCAGAGAGUGGUCCAAUCAAAGGGACCCAAUACGUUCUUUUUACAGUCUGUACUCUGGAGAAGAAGAAAUUGUGUUCGUUAAUUUGAUUUGGGUUUCUCAGAAUUUGGGUUUAUACGUAGAUUAGAUAGAUAUGAAGAGGCCGUGUAAAAGUGAGAUGGGUAAAAGAGAUAAUGAUCAUGUUAGGAGAAGGGGCUUUGUCUGCUUGCAAUAAUCUCCCUCUCUCUCUCUCUCUCUCUCUCUCGGCCUAAUAAGUCCAGUGGUUGAGCAGGUGAGGGCGAGCUUCUCUGUCUCCUGAUUCUUUUCUCCUGAAUUUGCCCUUUCAGCGAUCUCAGAGGCCGUUACUUUUUAUCUCAAGCGGCGGCUAUACUUUCUCUUCCUCAUCCUCACUGUCUCCCAACUUUCCCUGAUUCGUCUUGUGAAUAUUUCGCUACUUUGAGGAUCUUGAGGUCGCUUUGGAGAUUUGCCUCGGAUCUUUGAUUUUUGGAUAAAGUAUUUACUCCAAAUUUUCAUUUCGUUUUCUCAUUUUACUCUGCAUUUGAGCCUGCACAAGCUGUUAGUUCGCAAAGCUUAAGGAGCGGUGCACACUUGUGGUUGUUGGGUUGAAGAAAGAGGUUUAGAAGAUUGUGCAUCCAUGAGAAGAUCAGGUGUAAAUCAACCAAAAGUCAAGCGUCUUGUUGGAAAAUAUGAAAUCGGUCGAACAAUUGGCGAGGGUACAUUUGCAAAAGUGAAAUUUGCCAAAAAUUCCGAGACUGGGGAACAUGUAGCAAUAAAGAUCCUUGACAAAGAGAAAGUUCUCAAGCACAAGAUGGCUGAACAGAUCAAGCGGGAAAUAGCAACAAUGAAACUAAUAAAGCAUCCACAUGUCGUCCAAUUGUAUGAGGUGAUGGGGAGCAAAACAAAGAUAUUUAUUGUUUUGGAGUUUGUUACCGGAGGAGAGCUGUUUGAUAAAAUUGUAAAUCAUGGGCGGAUGAGUGAAAAUGAGGCACGGAGAUAUUUCCAGCAACUUAUAAAUGCUGUUGAUUAUUGUCAUAGCAGGGGUGUUUACCACCGGGAUCUUAAGCCAGAAAAUCUAUUGUUAGAUGCCUACGGGAAUCUUAAAGUUUCUGAUUUUGGAUUGAGUGCACUGUCACAACAAGUUAAGGAUGACGGCCUGCUUCACACUACUUGUGGAACUCCAAACUAUGUUGCUCCUGAGGUCCUUGAUGAUAGAGGCUACGAUGGUGCAACUGCAGAUUUAUGGUCUUGUGGAGUCAUACUCUUCGUAUUGCUUGCAGGUUACUUGCCUUUUGAUGAUUCUAAUCUUAUGAACCUGUACAAAAAAAUCUCGGCUGCUGAAUUUUCCUGUCCUCCAUGGCUUUCAUUAGAUGCCAUGAAAUUGAUAACUCGAAUUUUGGAUCCCAAUCCAAUGACUCGCAUCACUGUACCUGAAAUUUUGGAAGAUGAAUGGUUUAAGAAAGACUAUAAGCCCCCUGUUUUCGAGGAGAAUAAGAUUGCAAACUUGGAUGAUGUAGAAGCUGUCUUUAAAGACUCAGAAGAGCAUCAUGUGACAGAGAAGAAGGAAGAACAGCCAGUAGCCAUGAAUGCCUUUGAGUUGAUUUCAAUGUCAAAAGGGCUCAAUCUGGCAAAUUUGUUUGGUACAGAACAGGAAUUCAAGAGAGAAACAAGGUUCACAUCAAAGUGCUCAGCUAAUGAAAUUGUACAUAAGAUUGAAGAAGCUGCCAAACCCCUUGGUUUUGAUGUACAAAAGAAAAAUUACAAGAUGAGGCUUGAAAAUGUGAAAGCCGGUCGGAAGGGAAACCUUAAUGUUGCCACAGAGAUUUUGCAAGUGGCACCUUCUGUUCAUGUGGUUGAGAUGCGAAAAGCAAAGGGUGACACUUUGGAGUUUCACAAGUUCUACAAAAACCUCUCCACCUCCCUGGAGGAUGUUGUUUGGAAGACUGAGGAAGACAUGCAAGAAACAAAGUGAAACUCAACGCAGCUCGAAAUGUGAAGAACCAAAUAUUGUAAAUGCUUCGUGACAUGUAUUUCGAACCCAUCAACUCUUGUGUGUUCGAUCGAUUGUUUUCCGUUAUAUUGUUGGAAAACAUGGAAAGCUCCCAAAAAUGAGUUGUGAUGUUUUUUAUCUUACUUUUCGAAUUCAGGUUCUCAGAGAUAGAAAUAUUUGCAAUUCUUUUAGUAAUCAUGAGUAAAUUUGAAAUAGAGAAUCACCAUGUUAGUAUGUAGUUCUGCAUUUGAAACA